UCUUUCAAAACAAUCGAAGAUUUUUUCGAUGGUGGAAUCAAAACUUGUGUGGCAACAAUGUCCUGGUUGUAGAUUUUGGUGAUAAUUAGGUGGUUUUCAUGGUCAACUAUACUUGAUCUGCCCCAAAAGAACAGAGAUUAGAGUUUGCUCUUGAAUGACGGUGGUUUCUAGAAGUGUGCGCUGAGAAAAACUCGACAUCAGUGACGGAUUGCUGCUUUGGGUGGUGGCGAUUGUUUACCUAUACAGUGGGGUGGAAGAAUCUACGUCUCGCGUUUUCCCAUACUAGGGAUUAAUUUGUGCCUGCCUAGUAUUUUUUCUACCUUUGAGCGAGGCAAGUGCUAAACAGUUCAAUAUUUUGUGAUUGCAAAUCAUCGAAGGUGCUUCCCUUAUCAGCAACCUGUUUGUGACCAUGAAAGUGUGAGUGUGUGCCAUUUUUAUCAUGGAGUGCUGAGCGAGCAUAUUACGACGAUAGCAAAUAUUUUGCUAAAGAUUGUUCCCCGUGCGUAAGGCGAGAGCAGAGUAGGCUGUAAUUAUGCGCUGGAUAGCCAACCUUGAUGGUGGACCGAGGCGGGUCAACCAUGCCGCGGUUGCAGUAGGCGACUACAUCUACUCGUUCGGAGGCUACUGCAGUGGAGAGGAUUAUCAAUCGACCUGCGCCAUUGAUGUUCACAUUCUCAAUACGAACAAUAUGCGCUGGUACCUGGCUCCGGCCAUGAAGGACGACUAUGGAGUACCGUGCAAGUACCCGGAUGUUCCGUUCCAGCGAUAUGGGCACACGGCAAUAGCAUACGGGCAGAAAGUGUACAUCUGGGGUGGACGGAACGACGAGAUAGUUUGUGAUAUAUUGUUCUGCUUCGACACAAAGACCCUGAAGUGGAGUAAACCCGCGGUCACCGGGAAGAUUCCGGGGGCGAGGGAUGGCCAUUCGGCGUGUCUCUACGGCAAUCGGAUGUACAUUUUUGGCGGUUUUGAGGAGAACAUUGACAAAUUCUCCUGCGAUGUGCACUAUUUGGACCUGGAGACGAUGCACUGGACCUACGUGUUUACCCGGGGGGAUCCACCGUCCUAUCGGGAUUUUCACUCGGCGACCAUCGUUAACGACAAAAUAUUCGUAUUUGGAGGACGCGGCGAUUCGUGGGGACCGUACCACUCGCAGGACGAAAUAUACUGCCCGAAGAUAGUCUGCCUGGACCUGAGAUCGAACCGGUGGGAAAUGCCCAACACCACCGGGGAGGAACCACUCGGCAGAAGAAGUCAUUCUGCAUUUGUUUACAACGACAAAAUCUACAUAUUCGGUGGCUUCAACGGUAAUCUGAACAUACACUUCAACGAUCUCUACUGCUUCGAUCCGGUGCGGUACGUGUGGAAGAUUGUAUAUCCUCGGGGGCAGUCGCCGAGGGCACGGCGGCGGCAGUCCUGCCUGGUCAUAGGCCAACGGAUGUACCUGUUUGGAGGCACAUGCCCAACACAAGUUUCCGAUGUCGCCACAUACGACUACAGUGACACACACGUGCUUGACUUUCACCCUUCGUUACGGACUCUUGCAAUGUUGAAAGUCCUAGAGUAUAAGCUGGACAGCACGUGCUUACCGAAAUCAAUCAGGAUCGAGCUGCGCAAUAUGACUACCCCGAACAAAAUCACACGUUCUCUAGUGAGCGGUUGAACACGCAACACGCAGCAGGCAAUGGCAUUCGAACAGGUUUCUUUUUUUUUUUCGGUGUUACUGAAUCUACGAUAUAUGUUAUGAGGUCCUGAUGAUACCUAUGAUGACACACAUGUGAUACUGCUGGCAUCACUGAUUGUAGCAUUGCCCUUGGAGUAAGUCCCGUGUACCUACGGAUCAUUUUCUUCGUACAGGAUAGUCUUGUAUUAAUUUUGUUUGACAACGUGUACCGACGAUACGGUUAUCACAUGUCUGUCCGAGGUAUUAGUCGCUAAGUAAUUUUUUUUCAGUGACACACACGUGGUGGUACCAUUUUUUGAGUUUUCCUCUUAUCAUGCUGAAUUGGGUGUACGGCAGAAAAACCGGUUGCAAUAUUCCGGGUAAAGGAAUAAAACGAAACAUCGCGAAGAUAUGGUUUUUAAAUUAUUUUAUAGCUACCUUUAUCGUUGUGAAAAGAUGGGAUUGACUGAGAGGACUGCAUGGAAUGGGAAGUCAGAGUAAAUGUAUGCACGUUUGAGUAAUAUAUAUGUAUACCUCCAGUUCUAUUAAUUUGUGCAUAUUUUUUGUAUGUCAAAUGAAUAAAUUUUAAAAACAUG